AUGCAUGACAUGACUACAUGCAUAUUAUGUAAUAGCACUUCCUCAGGCAAUGUGUCUUGCAUAGCACCAUCUAUUGCUGUGCACUUGAUACACACCCUUAAGUCAGCAUGAAUUUGGUUGUGUUGUGAGGAUCAAGGAUCCCCUUUUUGCCAGCGCAUCAGGGGGAUUUGAGCCAUAUUAUUGUCAUAUGGGCAGGCAAAGAGGUGUUGCGAAUUGAAGGGAUGCCGCGUGAUGCCUCCUCCUUGAUGCCUGUUCUGUAUCCACGUCCACCAACGUUUGUGCAGUGAGAAAGUAGCCUAUAUAAGGUGAAAUGGCUACCUCCACGAAAAAGGAGACUUGGAUCAGGAGUUUCAACGUCACCGAGCCUACCAAGCAUGAGAAAGGUUUUACUGUUUACAAAGUCACAUACAGGGCAUUUAGAUUGGACAAAGCAGAGGAAGUCAUUGAGGUUGCUGUUUGGAAGCGUUAUAAUGACUUUAAGAAACUCCACCAAGCUCUGUCCCUUCUCCACUACCAUCUACGGAGACCAGAAAAAUUCCCAGACUUUGCCAAGGCUCGCUUCUUUGGGAGGUUUGACGAAAAGACAAUUGAAGAAAGAAGGCAAAGUGCACUGAGACUUUUGGAAUUCACUGUUAAAGUACCUCCUCUUGCCAAGUCAACACAUUUUGUUGAAUUUUUCAAGGGAGGAGAGACUGUGACAAGGAGAAAAGUUUCAUCCGAUAACCCAAUCUUAACACCUCAAGUUCUAAACCCCACAUCUGAUAAUGGAAGCUUCCCCAACCAACCUCUUAGUAGUCGAGCCAUGGCAGCUUCCAUUCCUAGAAUGGAGGGGGAAGGUGAGGAGAAUCAAGGAGGGGCAUCUCUGUCUCAAUCCGUUCCCGCACAAGGGGUUGAACUAGGGGGGGUUUGGCUACACCGGCAGCAAGAGGAUGAGGAACAGAGAGGGGAGGACUCAGAAGGAGGAGGAGGAGAGGGAUAUGAUGACAGCGAGGAUGAAAGAACAACAUGUAGCGAGGACUCGAUGCCCAGUACACCACUGCCACAGCUAGAAGAACUGACAUUCUUUGAUCCGCUUUCACCUUCAGAACCAGGAAGCACAGAGCCUGGAACGUUGCCCCACUCUAACAGCUGGCUCUUCCAAGCGAUGGACAUCUGUGCCGAACUCAGUCGAGACUCUCCUGAACUUGCAUCAGACCAUCAGGAUGCGCUUACUACCCCAGCAAGCAGUGUUGUUACUAAUGACUCAACUGAUAGCGGAAUCACGGUCACAGUGCCUCCAUCACUCCAGUCGUCCUCCUCCGAUUCUGCCCUUUCCUCUAGCUCUGUUUCCACCUCUGGUGGUAUGACUGCAAAUCGCAACAGCCACAACUCUUUGGCCAGGGCGUACCUGAACUCACUCCGUGCUCAGCAGGCUGCUGAUGAAGAUGCUAAUUCCACCGGUAUCACAGACAGUCGAAGCGUUGCCACGGGCGACCACAUCAGGCAUGUUUCCGAUGAUAGCAUCUCUAAGUGGGACGUUAGCGGUGAGGAUGAUUAUCUGUAUCAGGCGGCUGGUAAGAUCAGUAUGGCCCUGGAUAAUGAGAGUGUUGGCAACUAUCAGGCUUCUUUUGAUGCAUACAAAGCAGGUGUAGCCAUCUUGCUGAAAGGAGUUGUCGCUGACAAAAGCAAGACAAGAAGAGAGGCUGUAAGGCGAAAGACAGCUCAAUAUCUCAUGAAGGCUGAAGAUAUCUACAACAAAUACUUGUCGGUAGAAGCAUCCAAUGCAAGAAGAUGGGAGUCUGAAAAGAUGGCAAUGGAAGUGGAUCCCUCAUCAGCACAUUUACGUGGAAACAUUGAUGAGCUGAAAUCCUACAAGGUCCUUGGAUGCAUCAAUUCUGUUCUACUUGUACUUGAUAUGUCAACGUACCAGACCUUCAUCAUCAAAUCCCUCAGCAAAUGCUGUGUACCCAACACCAAGAUGAUAACUCGAGUGCCUGCCUACUGUCCGUACAUGGUGCGACUGUACCGCUACUUUGAAACAGAGAGCUCAAUCUUCCUCCUGCUUGAGCAUGCUACCGGGGGAAAACUCUGGAACUAUGCAAGCCCGUACCUCCAGCAGCAAAGAGAAGCAACUGGGAAACAUGAGCUUGCCAACAGCUUGAAGAGUAGCACCGUCAGUCGACAGUCCCAGCGCUCUAGGUCAGGGAGCACACGCAGCGGAAGAGGGUUGAAGGAUGAUGUCUUCAUCGUUGCAGAAGCUUUUACAGAAGAUGUCUCUCAGUUGGAGGAUAUGCCUAAGGAUGCCAUCCCGGGUGAUCCUGAUGCUGCUUCAGUUAGCAGCAUGGAAGGGAAGCUCGUAACUUUACCAGAGAUUUCUAGUAGUUAUGUGAACUUACUUGAUGCAUGUGGAGAAUACGUGACUGGUGGGGGACCAUUGGGAGAUGGCGAGACCAUCCCGCAGAGGCUGUCUGAUUCAAACUUGAAUGAUCUUGUUACUCAGAGUUCAAACUAUGAUGAAUGUGGUGACAACGUUAGAACAGAUCAAGAUGACAGUCUGUUUCUGAGUGACACCAAUGAGGAGACAGAGAUGUUUAACCAAGGUGAUGUCUUUGGAUCCACACCUUGUAAAGUAGACAUCCCUGAUCAAAGAGAAACUGUUUCUAAUGCUCCACCUGCAUCAAUGGCCCUCUUUAGCAUCGACAGCAUUGAUAGCCCUAACGAAUACAGCAUUGGUGAGAUGGGCGAUUCAUCAGCGUUCGGCUUUGACUCGUCUUCUACGAUUGGACACCUAGUAGAAGAUGCUGUUCUUGAUGAAACUGGUUCAGUUGACCUUAGAGUGAAGCCUGAGACACAGAAACAGGACCUUGACCCUGCCAGGGUCAUUGCUGAGGCACUUGCAGUGGUCCAAGAAGUUGAACAGAUGCGCAAAGAAGAAGCUGAGUUUAUUUUAGAUAAUUCACUUUCACAUGAAGUGCCUCGACAAGAAAACAUGCCAACUUUUUCGGACAAAAGCAACAUCAUGGAAGAAAUUGUGACUAAUACAAAAUCAACUUCCCAUACAUCCUAUGACAGUACCGUGGAGAGCUCCCAAGCUUUCUUGGACACCAGGGCUUUUGGAGUAUUCAAUGAAAAAGAGAUGGUACCUGGUGUUGAUCUAGCAGAUUUCUUUGACUCUGGCUCUCAAUCACCAAAGAAAAGGAGCCAGUCCUUAUCUGAAAAAGCAAGCAGACAUGACCCCAAGGACACAUUUAGUGGUGAACCUCGUCCUCACCCUCCAUUUAUGCAUAGUGCAAGCAUGUUCAACACACUUGUGAAUGAACCAUUAGGAAAGAAUUUUUUGAGUAGAGACACAAAAAGGACAGUUUCCAUGGGUGGAGAGUCUCAAUCUCGGGAAGGAAAUGAUUGGAAUUCCUUCUUUGAUGGUGACGUAACAGACACAAAAGGGUUUGGCUUUGAUACCAGUACAGAAUCAAAAGAAACUGAGAUUAAGUCCUUAGACUUUGACGGGAAGGAAACUGCAGAGCAUGAUGCUCCUGGUGUUUUUACUUUGCCAGAUGUGCCAAAAGACAUUCCAAGAGAUGAUGAUGAUGACAGAAUUGGUGAUGUGUUUGAUGUAAAGGAGGAUCCUAAUAUGGCUGACAUUUAUAUUCAAGGAGACAACAGAUUAGACAUGAGUUCAGGAGACCAAAAUGAAGUGGACACCUUAGGGCAACCGAGACAGAAUCCAGAUGGAGCAACAUCAGAGGAAAUUGAGAAGGAAAUGCAGAAUACUGAUUCGAAGAGAGGAGGAAAUCUUUCUCACGCCAACCAAAAGGAUAUGAAUUUACACAUCAAUCCAUUUGAUAAUGACAAUCAGCUCGUCAUUACCAAUAGGACAGACUCCAAUUCUUCGAUGACGUAUGUGAGUGUCAAUCCAUCAGAUGCAAAAUUACCCUGCACAGGUGUAAUGAAGGACUUUCCGAGCUCAUCAACAAUUUCCGCCCAGUCGACCCCUCAGCACACUUUCAAACCAAUCAACUCAAACCCUGAGAUUGCUUCUCAAUGCUGUAACAUUGUAACUGCUCCUGAUGUCAAAGCUGUUCUCAGUAGUACAUCAGCAGUGUCAACAGACAGUGCUUAUGCAUUAUGCCAAAGUGGGGAAGCAAUGGAGGACAACAUAUAUGGUGGAGAGGAUGGAUCGGUAGGAGAAGCAAACACAACACCAACAAACUCAAGGACGUCCACUCUUAAAGGGGAACACUUAGGCAUGCAGGAUACUUCUUUGCCAUCGCUUUCAAGGUUGUUUUCUCAUCUGGAUGAUGUGAGGCGAUCCAGAGCAGAAAGCAGUGCCGCAACUCUGCCUGAAUCCUGUGUCCGCAUCUGGGCAUCAGAAAUCCUCUUUGCUUUGGCCACCCUUCAUGCUGCUGGCAUCAUAUGCAGAGAUCUCAAUCCCGACAACAUCCUCUUAGCAGAAGGUGGUCACAUUCGACUGACGUACUUCAGUCAGUGGAAGUGGGUAUGUCAGGAGAUGAACCUCAAGGCACUGACCAACAUGUACACCGCUCCUGAGGCAGGGAGCAUCUUUGGGGUUGGACCGGCGUGUGAUUGGUGGAGCUAUGGGACCAUCUUGUUUGAAUUACUCACCGGUCAGUCAUUGUACAGCUGUCACCCUAGUGGAAUCAGUAGCCAUACACAGCUCUUUAUUCCUGAUCACAUCUCUCCAGAAGCUAAAAAUCUCCUUACACAACUUUUACAGGUGAAUCCUCUGGAGCGCCUUGGUGGAGGUCAGUCAGGGGCGGAUGAGGUCAAAGCUCAUCCCUUCUUUAAAGGAGUGAACUGGUCCAAUCUCCUGGGCUAAAGGAUGUCUCCAAGGCUAUCGGAGACCAAUGACACAUGUUCCAGAGAAGAUUGCUACAUGGUCAUUUUCUAACACUAACUUUAAUUCUUAACCAUAAUCCUAGACCCAAUACUAAACUUAAGCCUAAACAUAACCUAGACCCAACCACAACUUUAACCCUAACCCUAAUCUGUGACAAAUAAAUCCCAGUGUUAAUGUCUCUGCAGCGUAUGUUGUCUGUUAGGAGCCAGAAGGGCAUUUACUCAUUUUUAAGUACAGAGUUAAUGCCUUUCUAGCUGUGAACAGAUGUUAUCAUCCUACUGGGCUGAUAGGCAGACAGAUUCUUCUUCCUCUGCCUUCUCCUCCAUACAUUUCCAUAGAUUGAAGAGAAAGGAAUCAUAAAUUAAAUAUGUUAUCAAGUGCCUGCCAAAUAUAUGUAUAUGUUGUUGUUUUUUCAUUCUCUAUCUAUCACAUAGCUAUAUCUCUAUCUAUCUAUCUUGUCUAUAAUGCUGCUCUUUCCCUAUCCUUACAAUUGUGCCUGUCUGCUUAUGAAAUGUUUAUGUGUAAAGCAGUUGGCUCAAGAUGGAAACAUUCCUAGAGAAACAGUCGUUUGUGAAAAUGAUAGUGUCAUUGAACCUGCCUUUGCACAUGUUACUAUUGAUGAUGUUCAAAGCCAUUUUUUCAUUUUGAAACCCAUGUUUUUUUUCAAAGAUUGUUCUACCCAAUGCUGAAUUCAUAAACAGAUAAUAUAUGCCUAGAAUAGCCAUGUGCUGGAAACAUGGCAAUGAGUAAUCAGACUGCCAUCAAAUAUGUGUGUGCGCAAGUAUUAUUUGACAUAUUGCAUGAUUUUAUUUGUAAAACAUUGAUGUGUGUAUGAUUGUUGACAUGACUACAAGAAAAAGAGUACAUCUCAGAUAUCAACGAAAAUUUAAACAAGAGUGUUUUUUGGUUUGUGUUGUACAAGUAUGUAAUAUAUUGUGCGAUUGCGAACAAUAGCCAGUUCAGGUAUCAACAGAUAAUUGUUGACAGCUGGUCACACCAGCAGGCCUUGCAUGGUGAGUCCCAAAUAGGCCAAAAAUAUUGGUCUGCUGCUGCUCAGAUGACGUUAUGUAACACUAAUCUAUUAAAACAACAGAAGUAACUAAACAUUUCUAACCAAUGUAACAUAAGAAAGAGUUUGUGUUUACUUGUUUACACUGGAAGUUAUGAAGUAAUGUGAGUGAGAGUGCACAACAAUUCAAUCCCCCCCCCCCCCCAACAAAAACCCAACUACAGUACUUACACACUUGCAUUGUUGAAAAUUGACCAGUAUGAAGUUAAUCAGUACUGGUGACAUUUUUGUUUGAUUUAUUGUAUUAUUAUUUUAUGAUUUUAGUUUCGUUUUGUCAACACAUUUUAUUACAUGAAUAAUUCCUAAUUAACUUCGCUCACUAGUAUUUCUUACUUGCCAAAAUUAUCACUGGCUUUUCUUUCUUUUUUUUUUUCUUCUCAUAGUAUUUUGCUCUUAUUUUUGAGAAUCGAUUUUGAUGCAUGUUGGUCAUUUCAAAUGCAUGUCAUACCAUCUAAUGUAAGAUUUUAUUUCUCUAGAGGUAACAUGUUCACACCCAAGAAAGAGUCGCCUUAUAUGAAUUAUGUUGGUCGGAGAGGAUUCUGAAAUAGUUUUGUGCAAUAAAUCAGACUGCAUGAGAAAGAAAUUCUAUUUGUUGUUAAUAAAAUAAGCUGGAACUACAAAACUGAGGCUGAUGGUUACACUUUUGUCUUUUCUGUCCGAAAUAUUCACCCCUUUUAUCCCCAAAAGUCUUUAAACAAAGCAAAGGGAAAAACUCAAGUGUUAUUAUCCAGAUAAUGUUACUGUAAGGUGAAGAGAAUACCUCGUCUUUAUGUGUUUUCACAAAUGAUUUGUUGCAUGUUAUCAUAUUAGGGCUGAUGUAAAUAAUUUUACUCCAAAAUAUGUAGACUUUGUGAUAUAUUUUUGCAUGUUUCCUACAUUUACUAUACAUUCACUAUUGUACAUUAGAAGAGAUGAUAGAAUAAACUUGUUACAAAUUGAAGCUGAUAUGAACUUUAUUCAUAUAAGAGGAAAAUUAUCAAAA